AUGAGUGCGAAAAAAGUGCCUGAAGACUGUGAUCCGCGGAGGAGAGACAAAGAUGCACGAACAUCGCCGGUGCAGUUCCUAUGCGGUCAAGAAAUAGGUACACGUGGUGCGAAACAGGGAGUCAUCAUCAAUGACGAUAACGAUAAAAAAGAAUAUUGGUUCGGACGAUAUAAAGCGAUGCUGCAACAAAAACAUGGUAGUGUAAAAGUGAACACCGCGUUCAACGGCGAGUUCAUGAAGGAUAAACGUGCUAAUAAGAGCAUAAUUACAAAGAACAGCAGAAUAUAUCGUUGUGCCAAUAUGCGCGAGUGGUACGAGCAACACGUCGUCGAGCCUAUCCUAGCAUCGCUCGAAGAGUUCCAGAAACUGUUAAAUCUCGCAGAUAUCGAAAUUCCGAUAUCGUUCAAAGACAUUCCGAAAUUCGAAAAUCUCAACAACAUAUCGAUCAAUGUGUACAGCAUCGAAGAUAAACAGCUACAAGAUUCACGCAACGACAACAUUAGACACUUUGCGUGGACCAAGAACCUGUCGCAUCUCGUGAGCUCGCAGAUUAGUGGAAAAAAGAACAAGAAAUAUUUCUGCGACCGCCUCCAUUACUUCAGAUCGUGCGAAAAAUUGCAGUCGCACGAAGUGGAUUGUCAGAAGAUCAACGACUGUGCCAUUCAAUUGUCGAGGUCGAUAAGUGGUUCGAAUUCAGCAACUAUAAUAACCGGGAACGAGUGCCGUUCAUCGUCGUAUGCGUAUCAACAGCAUGAUGCGUUUAGCAUAGGCUACUACGUACGAUGUGCAUACGCGUUAUCGUCGUAUCACUUCCGUCGUGAAGACUGCGAUACAGUAUCCAAGAGCGAUUACGCCGCGAACAUCUGGAAGCGAUUCUCCAUCCGAACGCUCAACAACAAAUACAGUAAUCUGUACUUGAAAACUGAUGUCUUGUUAUUAGCCGAUAUUUUUAAAAAUUUCUGCAAUAGUUGCGUCGCGAGUUAUUGUCUCGAUCCCGCGUAUUAUUAUACAUCGCCAGGUUUCACGUGGGACGCCAUGCUCAAACAUACGCGCGUAAGAUGCGAGUUGUUCACUGACAUUAAUAUGGUCAUGUUCAUCGAGCGCGGCCUCAGUCAAUGCUUCGGCAGAUACGCGCAGACUAAUAACAAGUACAUAUCCACAGCGGAAAAUUUGAUCGCCGUUGAAAUGCGCAAACUCGAGGUGAAGUUCAACAAGCCGAUUUACGUAGGUAUGUGCAUACUCGACAUAUCUAAAGCCUGCUUGAACGAAUUUCACCACGAGUACAUGUCAUUGAUGUAUUGUAACAAAUGCAAGAUCAUGUACACCGACACGGACAGUCUCAUUUACUAUAUAGAAUGCGACAAUGUUUACGAGACUAUGAAACGCGAUAUCGUUAAAUUCGACACGACUGAUUAUCCGGCAGAUAAUAUGUACGGUAUGCCUCUCGCGAACAAAAAAGUAGCCGGCCUGAUAAAGGAUGAGAAGAACGAUAUGAUAAUGACCGAAUUCGUUGGAUUCAAAGCGAAGAUGUACGCGGUGCGAGGACAAGAAGGACACUAA